UGCAGUUUUUCUACAAUUUGUAUUGGCGACGGGUUCUUAUGUAACUUGAGACGUACAUCGUUUAUGACCCGAAUUUGCUGGUGUGAAUGUUUUCAUUUAUUAGCACGUCUAGAUGGUCGUUUGAAAGACAUGUACUAAAUUAUUUACAGAGGUUGAUGUUCCCUUUCGUACAGCAAGAGUCUUCUAUAAUCCACGCCCAGUUAAACGCAGCACCGUCUGAUCUCUUCCAGUCAGUGCUAGAAACUGGAAACUGUUCCACUCUUAGCGCGAGGGGGCAGCGACCAACAUCAGCAGUCUUCAGGCAUACAGUGAACGAGCACCGUUGGGGCACAUUUGUCCGCUUCAUAGGCAUGGCAUAUACGGACCAUUCAGCUGGGGAGUGUUGAGGUCGAGUGAUGGAGUCUGUCUUUGGAGGUGAGCUGGGUCUGCUUGGCGGGGGCGAUGGGCUGAAGGAGGAUGGAUGUGGGGUGGGCUGGCCGAGCGCCCCCCUCCCAGAUGAUAUGUAUUCUGCCUCCCACUUUGCCCUCAUCACCGCCUACCACGACAUCAAGACCCGCCUUGCCGGCCUGGAGCGGGAGAACAGCAGCAUUAAGCGGAAGCUGAAGAUUUAUGAGAUCAAGUUCCCCAUGAUAAGUGAAUUUGGGGAGGACAGGAACUCCUACUGCUCUUUUGAGCCCAAGGAAACGGCCCUGCUGCAGUCUGAGAAUGGCAACCUUCAGCAGAGAAUCAACACCCUGACACAUGAGCUCCAGAAGAGUAAGGAGCGUGAGGAGCAGCUGGAAGAUGUGAUCCAGGCCUAUGAGAAGAUACAUAUGGAAAAGAGCAACCUCCAGAGGGACCUGGACAAGAUGACCACACUGGUGGAGAAGCACGUGGAGCGAAUCCGGAGCCUGGAGGCGGCACUGCGGCAGAGGGACAGCUCCCUGCAGAAGCUGAACACACAGCUGCACAGCAAGGACAUGCAGUACCUGCAGCUGCAUGCCAGUCCAGAGGUCUCCCACAUGUUGGACUGCCCGGCUUUGACCCUUCAGAGCUCGCGCAGCCUCGAUGCGCUCUCUGACCUGAAACUGCAGAGGCUAGAGGCGGAACUGGAGGGGGCACGGCACGAGGCCCAAGGGGCAUGCCAGCGAGAGGAGGAGCUGAAAGCAGAGUGUGAGCGGCUGCAGGACGAGCUCAGGCAGCUGCAGGAAGCACAGAGACAGCAGGAGAUGUCUGGUGCCUGUGAGCAGUGUGACGUGGAGUGGAUAAAAAAGGCUGGAGAUGAACAGGUGAACCUGGCACUGGCUUACACUGAGCUCACCGAGGAGCUAUGUCGGCUGCAGGCCCUGAGCGCCAAGCAGACAGAGAUCCUGAGAAAGGUGUCCCAGGAGCAGACCAGCCCAGUUCAGCACCAUUCUCCGAUCCCCCAUCAGCGCCACUCGCCCGUCCCCCAACGCCACUCACCCAUUCCCCAGAGGCACUCUCCAGUCCCCCAGCGUCGCUCUCCGGUGCUGCAGCGACUCUCCCCAGACAUGCACCGCCGUUCGCCCCUGCCUGAGAUCAGUGAUGGGCCAGCUUCCUACUCUUGCCGGCCUCCCAGCCACCACUUGCGGGCAAGCUUCCAGGGCCGCCGCAGUUACUCAGAGGUGGCUGACCCGUCUGCAUACCAGAGGCCACCCCGCUUCACACUGGACCCUGUCUCUACCCUGCCCAAGCCACGGCCCUACGUGGAGGGCUACCUCAAACAGCAGCAUGGGGAGGCAGCACCUGGUGUGCAGGGUGGAGGUGGCGGUGGUGGGGGCAGCCUGGCCGGGAGCCCGCGGCACACCCGGGAGCUGCCCUUCCCCCUCACAGAGGUGCCCCACCUGUGCUUCGAGCCAGUACCACCCACCCCCAGUCCCCUGCCCCCGCCACAGCCGCCACAGUCCUCGGAGGACGAGGAGGAGUGGGUCUGCCCCCACCCCACAAGCCCCCCACACACACUGGGGGCCUCUGCCGCCGCUGCUGCCGCCUCCAUAAUUCGGGGCCCAGCCUCCUGUUCUGCCUUCCCCGCCCCAGCCGGGCCCAGCACUCUCAGCUGCCACCCACCUGGCUACAUGCAUGCCGACCAUGCUCAGUCCUGGCCGUCUAUCAAUCUGUGGAUGGAGACGGAGGAGAAUGACAUCAGGAGCUGCCCAUUGUGUCAGCUUAUCUUCCCCAUUGGAUACCCUGACGAUGCUUUGAUAAAACACAUUGACACACACCUGGAGAACAGCAAGAUUUGACAGCUGCAGUGGGACAAGCAAGUCUCAUUAUGGCCAAUGCUUAUGGAACCUAAAAAGAAAAUUGUGUGAUUAGUGAGUAUGUGCCAUUAUGGACGAGUUAGAGAAGAAGAGUGAGACUCAGAUUAUGACAGAUGACACUAUAUGGUCAAUGAGCCACCUCAUUGGCCUGCAACCAAGUAAGAUCAUCGUUGACCUGUGUCACAGUGUUUUAACUGAUGAACGAUUAGGGCUAUUUCCAUCUGGGAACUUUAAGGGUGACCUGCACUCUCUCUAUUCCAAUAGAUGUCCUGCACACCUUCAUUUAUUCUGUGGUGACAGUAUCUCAUUCUGCUUUGAACCAUUGCUGUCAGCAUAGGAGCUGCUGAAUCACACAGGAUCCCAAUUUCUUUCUGUGAGGAGAAAGUAAAUUGAUUUAAAAAUGCAUAAAAUACCAACAUACCCAGCCCCCCAACCCCCA